UUUCAGUCCGCUGGCGAACGUUGUUGCGAUCACAACGUCUCAGUUCUCAGUUGUUAGUGGCCCGCUGCUCAGAUUCUUCGAUUCUCCAGUUCUUAACUCUCAAUUCUUCAAGCUCAGAUUCUUCGCCGGCGCGCGUGUGUGUGUGUGCUGUGUGCGUGUGUGCUGGAGGCCGUGUCAGUGUGUUAGCGCUGGCCCGUUGCUAAAAUUAUUAUUUUUUUAACGAACGUUGUUGUUUUUUUUUUACUGUGCCUUCGAAACUGGUUGCUGCUCUUUUAACUGUGUAUUUGUGCAGCAGCAGUAGUAGCAGUUAAAGAAGAAGCAGCAGAAGAAUCUAGCUGCGGAAGAAGAAGAAGCAGCAGAAGACGCAGAAGAUCACAAAUCGACGAAGAAUAGAGCAACUGUAGUUGUUUUUUCGGUGGAUAAAUCUUGAAAUAUAACCGAAAUAUAGCCGAUUUCGAAACAGUUCCGGAAUAAAACACCAAAAUGCCCUGCUCGGCCGUAACCCUAUCUAUAGCGACGAUCUGUGCGAUCAUCGCCACCGCCCUGCUGGCGAUCGCAUUUUCAACGGAUAAUUGGCUGCACUACGAUGUCUGGCGCAACCAGAUACAGUCCUUUGCUGCCAAGCACUCGGAUGCGGAUUCGCUGCUGCACAACAUGAAUGUGAAGUACUACUACUACACGAGGACACGAGGAUUGUUCAGGAUUUGCUAUCCCAAGGAGCGGCCACCGGUGUCGGCGGUGCCCACCUAUCUGUCACCGAUCGAGACGCACUGCUCGAACAUCGACUACUUCCCGCAGGCGGAGGAUGAGAAGAUCGCCAACGAGGACGCCACCUCGCGCCUCCACCUGGCCCGUUCCUGCAUCGCCCUGUUCAUCAUCAGCUUUGUGACCAUCUUCUGUGCCUUCUGGACCGGCCUCUCCGGCUGCUGGAAACGCUCCUCGGGCGCCAUCACGGCCACCUCGAUCCUGCUGCUAGUCACCUGUCUGCUGGCCGCCGGCGCCAUGGGACUCUGGCACACCGUCGAGUUCUUUGAGAAGGAGAAGGUCGUCGGCGAGGACUACUUUCAGCAGUGGAACACGGUCCUGCGCGACAACACGAAGAUUGCCUACGACUGGUCGUACAUCGUGGCCUGGGCAGGAAUCGGCACCUGUCUCCUGGCGGCCAUCCUGCUCUCCGGCGCGGCCGUUUGUCUGCGCAACGAGCGCGAGAAGGAGGAGCAGCUGAACCUGCAGUACCUGAUGCCAGUCUACUCGCAGAAGCAGCCACCCUAUCCACCCUAUCCCAACUAUGCCCAGCCGCAGAUCUAUCCAGGACCCUAUUACCAUGGCUCGCAGUACGGACCCUACAACUACUAGGUCCUCAGCCGAGCUUCAAUCGAGGAGAACUCUACGAGCAAUAUCAGCAUAGAAAUCACAAAUGACCAGGGAGGAAGCCUGGUUCUCCCACAAACCCCUCCCCCAGUAAUCAAAACCAACUUGGCGAUCAAAUAUAUAGAGCAGCCGCUAACGAAA